CUCCAAGAAAUAAGAAAAAAUGAAAAGCAGAAAAUACAAUCACCACCCCAUUUCUAGGCUAGAGCUUGCCCAAAGCACUAGACAGGGUUUCAUACUUUUCUCCAGUUGGCAAUCACUUUCACAGGAAGAGAAAAUUACAAGACAACCGUACAAAGUAGCUCCAUGUUCUACACCCACACACACACACUCUUGAGAAAAAGUUACAAAAGCUCCAUGCCCCCCAACAACUGAACAGUAAAUAAUACAUCUGAUGAGAGACAGGCUUGCUUGAAGAUGGAACAACAUCAUCUUAUAGCAAAAUCACCUUCUAAUAAUUAGCCAGCUAGCUUUACAAUUAAUGGCCUAUGCCCCCUCCCCAUCCCCAAUAAAAUUAGACCACACUUGGCUCUAAGGAUCCCCUCCUCACAGACACUGCUCCCCUUUCCCAACACAACAACAGCCCACACUCACUCAUACGGUAGUGCACUUACGUACACACACACACAGUCACUUGUUUACUAAAUGGUUCAGACACAGCUUGAUCCGUGUCCCAUGUUUCUCCUCAUCUCUGUCACUCACUGCCCAUGUUUCCUUUUGGUUUCUGCUAACUCAGUGAUCAGCAGUAAGUACUAGAGUAGUAGCGAUAUUGUUAGUGGCCAGUACUAGUGGUAGUAGAAAUUGAAGUGGUGGUGGUGGAUAUGAAUAGUGGUGGUGCAGCAGGGGUUGGGGUUGAAGGUGGGGGUGGUGGAGCAGCGGGGAUAGCAGCUGGGGGAAUGGGGACAGGAGUGAUGACAAUGAGGUCACCAUUUACAGUGUCACAGUGGCAAGAACUGGAACAUCAAGCUUUGAUCUAUAAGUACAUGGUGGCAGGUCUGCCUGUUCCACCUGAUCUUGUGCUCCCUAUUCAGAGGAGCUUUGAGUCCAUUUCUCAUAGAUUCUUCCACCAUCCCACCAUGAGCUAUUGCACUUUCUAUGGCAAGAAGGUGGAUCCGGAACCAGGUCGAUGCAGGAGGACUGACGGCAAGAAGUGGAGGUGCUCUAAAGAUGCCUACCCAGACUCCAAGUACUGUGAGCGCCACAUGCACCGUGGCCGCAACCGUUCAAGAAAGCCUGUGGAAUCACAAACCAUGACACAGUCAUCGUCCACCGUGACAUCACUGACUGUUACAGGAAGCAGCAGUGGAACUGGAAGCUUCCAGAACCUUCCAUUGCACACAUAUAGCAAUCCCCAGGGCACUGCUUCUGGAACUAACCAAUCAUAUUAUCAUAUGAACUCUGUUCCCUACGGAAUCCCAACCAAAGAUUACAGGUAUCUUCAAGGACUUAAGCCUGAAGGUGGGGAGCAUAGCUUCUUGUCUGAAGCCUCAGGAAGCAACAAGGGUCUUCAGAUAGAGUCACAGCUGGACAGUGCAUGGUCUUUGAUGCAAUCCAGAGUCUCAUCAUUCCCCACAGAGAAAUCAACUGAAAACUCGACGUUGCAAAAUAAUCAUCCCCAGCAUUCAUUUUUCAGUAGUGAUUUCACCACCAGGGAAUCUGUGAAACAGGAUGGGCAGUCUCUUCGACCCUUCUUUGAUGAGUGGCCUCAAAACCGAGACGCCUGGUCUGGCCUCGAGAAUGAUAGUUCCAACCAGACCUCAUUCUCCACAACGCAGCUGUCGAUAUCCAUUCCAAUGGCCUCAUCUGACUUCUCCACAAGUUGUCGUUCUCCACGAGAUAACUGAGAGGACACUAAGAAUUCACAAAACAAAGCCAAAGGUGGUCCUGGCCAAAGAUUAACACAUACUUGUGUUAAAUUUUUGUUGGUUUUCUGCAUUAAUGUGUUGUGUAACGUCUGCUGCAUUUGCAAUCACAAAGUUUUAAUUGCGGAUAUAAAACAAACUCAGACAGGUGAUUUGAGAGACGGGGAGCAUUGUGGGUGGCUGUAGUGAAUCAAGGGUAGCAGUUUUUUCAGCUUGGUUUUGAUAGACGUUCUCCUUGGUACACUGAAUAAAGCUGCUCCAUUUAUGUAACUAACAGCUUUUGUAAUCCUGAUAUCGCUGCCUUCAUUAUCUAUCUCUAUCCUUAACUCCUAGGGUGGCAACUGGCAAGAUUUGUUCAGAUUUAAGG